AUGAAACUUCUCCAUUUCUACCUGACCGUCUGCCACCUCUCGCACCCGGCGCUCUCACAGCCCCAGCAGGUGGUCACCGUCACCGUCGCCGCGCCAAUCCCCUCCGAUGAGCCCGAGUGGCGGGACACCGACCGCUUCACGUCCGCCGUGCUCAACAGCACCAACACGUACCGCUCCCAGCACGGCGCGGCGGACGUGGCCUGGAACGGCACCCUCGCCUCCUUCGCCGACGACUACCUCGACGGCGGGGACUGCGUCUUCGAGCACUCGGGGGGCCCCUACGGCGAGAACCUGGCCAUGGGGUACCCCAACGCCACGGCGAGCGUCGAGGCCUGGGGGGACGAGCGGGACGAGUAUGAUUUCGCGCGGCAGGGCUUUGAUGAGGCGACGGGCCACUUCACGCAGCUGGUCUGGGGGAACACGACGGACGUGGGGUGCGCGCGCAGGCUGUGCGGGGGGAGCGGGUGGUAUCUGGCGUGCGAGUACUGGCCGCGGGGGAACGUGGAGGGCCAGUAUGAGGGUUCCGUGGGGAGGAGGGAAGGGGGGGCGGCGGGUCUGGUGAGGCCGCGGGUGGUGGUUAUUGUUGGUUUGGUGGUUUGUGUUCUUGGGUUGUGA